AUGAGCACACAGGAAUUUUUAGAAAGUAUGAAGAAGUCUCAUCAGAGAAUGGACACUAUUAAGAAGAAUUUUGAAAGUUGGAGACCCCUGGCAGGCAUAGCUUAUGAUUACUUUUACCCUCAUUCCUUGAAGUGGUCAGCAUCUUGUUGAAAGUGGGGUAAUGUUAUUGCAGAGAAUGAGACCAUGAUCAGACAAGAAGUGAUUUUUGGGAGUCGUACUGAUGGGAGUUAUAAUAAAACCACAAACACAUGGGACGGAGUAUGAAGCCUUAUUGUUCUAGGAGAAGUCGAUAUACCCAAGCAAGGAUAUAAAAUUCCAAAAAGACUUGACUCGAUUAGCUCAGACCUAGAAGAGUCGAAGAGAAGGAUAAGUGUUUCAAAGGUAAUCAGCCAUCCUUAUGAGAUUAACUGCUUAAAACCCUGGCCUGCAAAUCGUAAAAUAGUAUGUAGUCAUACAGACUCAAAAGAUGUUUAUUUAUGGGAUCUAUUCUAUCAGGAGAAUACUGAGUAUAAGGAGAAUGUAGUUGCUAACACUCCCGAUUUAAUCCUAAAGGGGCAUACUGACAUUGCUUGCUAUGCCUUAGAUUGGCACAAGAAUAAGCCCUUAGUGGCUAGUGGAGGCAGAGAUAAGUGCGUUUUAUUAUGGGACCUUGAACAAUAUUUCGGAUGUAAUACAAUCAUACAUGGCGAUAAGCAGAUCCAGCAGACCUAUAUGAAACAUUUAGAAGAUUCUAAGGACGAAGAGUCUUGAGAAGAAACUAAUACAAGAGUAGUUCCAAAGAAGCUUCAGAGCUAUCUAAAAGAUAUGAGAGAGAGCAAUUAAUUUAUCAUCAGAGACUGUCCAUGCAGAUAUUGAAUUAAGAGGCCACACUGAGAACGUUGAAGACAUCUGAUUUCAUCCUGUGAGUGAAACACAGCUGUGAUCAUCCUCUCAGGAUCAGACUAUCAUGCUUUGGGACACUAAAUCUGGGUGCUCUCCAGUCAUGAAGAUAGAUGAGAUCCAUAGUGAUGAUAUUAACUGUGUGGAUUGGAACCCUCAUGAUCAUAACCUUCUACUUGCUGGAAGUAGCGAUCAUUCUGUCAGUCUGAUAGAUAUUAGAAACGGGAAGUGAAUUAAUUACUUUGACCAGCAUAAGUCUGAAGUGAGUUAUGUUCAAUGGUCCCCUUUUAAGGAAAAUAUAUUUGCAUCUUCAGGAGAUUCUUUGAUGAUAUGGGACCUAAAAAGACAAGGAGAGGAACUUAUGUUCCACCAUUGAGGCCAUGUCGGCCCAAUCGUAGAUUUUGACUGGAAUUUUGAAGAUGAAUGGAGUAUGAUGAGCACAAGUGAAGAUAGUGAUUCAAUAGUAAUGCACGAUGAAGGUUCUUUUCAAUUAUACAGGCCCUUAGAUCUCAUUGUUGGAGACAAUGAAUACACUGAGGCGGAGUAAUUCUGUCAUAAAAUUAAAUAUAAUUAGAUGAUUCUAUUUUUA